GUAGAGAAAGACCAAUGGCAAUGUCGGGCCAUGAUGCAUGCAGUAGCUAAAAUCAUGAAGUCUGUACUGACUGUAGUGUAGUGUAGUCUUUACAUAAUUGAGCAUAAAACAACGUAGACGUUUCAGCUAAAAACAGUCAUGAAGGAAUUAAUUUUCUACUACGAUGUGGUGUGCCCUUUCGCAUACAUGGCCAGUCGGCUUGUGGAAGGUGUUGCGGCUAGAGCAGGGGCGAAGGUGAAAUGGACUCCUGUUCUGCUGGGCGGACUGUACGAGGCAACAGAUGCGCCGCAGGGCAAGGACAAGUCGGCGUCCACCGUUAUGGCGCCAGCCAAGCAGGCCAUAUUCGCUGCUGACUUGCAAAUGCAGCUCCACCGGUUCAAGAUUCCUUUCCGUUAUCCAACUCUGAACCCACAGCGCACGCUUAAUGCCAUGCGCCUUCUAGCCGUCUCGCCAACCUCACAGAGUGCCGAGACCACUGGCCCACUGUCCUCGGCGGCACUCGACAACAGUGUCCGUCGUCGCCUAUCAGAUGCACUGUAUCGAGCAUACUGGGUGGACGACAAGGACCUGACGGACCAGAAGGUGCUGUCGGACGCCGUCAAGCAAGUCGGCUGGUCAGUCGAUGUGCAGCAAGUCCUUGACUCGUCCUCCCCGCUCGGCAGUGAGGCCAAGCAGCAGCUGGAGGCCAACACGAAAGAAGCAGUUGACCGUGGCGCAUUCGGCGUGCCAUCGUUCUGGGUGAACGAACGCCUGUUCUGGGGAGUGGAUAGAUUUGCACUGGUCCUGUCGGCGCUGGUUGGAGAGCGUGCAGAGCCUCUCCGGUUGGCAACUGUUCCCUUCGAUGCGGCAGAGCGGCCCGAGCAAAAAUUAACAGUCUACUUUGAUUUCUCUAGUCCCUAUACCUUCCUCGGUGUCUCACAGAUAUCAUCACUUGUCGAGUCCCUACGACCGCUGAAGAUCCGUAUUGAGUGGGUGCCCGUCCUCCUUGGUGCUGUCUUCAAGGCUAUUGGAACACCGUUGGUUCCGAUGACGGCGCUCAGCUCAGCCAAGGCAGCGUACGCAAGCCAAGACCUGCAAGACUGGGUGGCCUAUCAUGGCAUGAAGCUAAUCUAUCCAAGCAACUUCCCGCUGAGAACCAUACUCCCACUCCGUGUUUACUUUGCACAGCCGGACGAGAAGCUCCGCACGGCCUUGUUCUCUGCUGCAUGGCAGAAGGAUAUCAAUAUCGGAAACAAGGAGGAGCUCAGUCAAGUUCUGACCGAGGCUGGCUAUGAUGCACAAUCGCUCAUGGCGAAGGCCGAAGAUCCAGCCAUCAAGGACAUGCUAAAGCAAUCAACUGCCAGGGGCAUCGAGGCAGGUAUCUGUGGAGCACCUUCCUUCCAGGUGAACGGCGGACCUGUCAUCUUUGGUCAAGAUCGUCUUCCUCUCGUCGCUGACCUGUUAUGUGGCUGGACACCACCGGAUACUCAUACCACCAAGGCAAAGCUAUAAGGUAGUCGAGAUCCCCGUCCCGUUGGUGGACAAGACAUACGCCGGCGGUGUACCUUUGCGCCGCCACACGGUAGUGCCUCGGGCGAUUCACUGCCGUAACAGCGUCCCAUUGCCGCAGCACCAUCCAUUGCACGGUGCUGUGCGCUAGGCAGGACAUGUACACUGCACAUCACCCGCCCAGUGUGCAUGUAUUACUCAUAUUGGCCAGCUCUCUGUGAGACAUGGCAAGCACAUUAUCAUGCUAGAGCUACUGUGUAAAAACUCACAAACCAAAUCUGUGCAUCACCGCGGGAGAUAUGAGUUUAUUUUUUUAUUUUUUUCACUUCUUGAAUUUAAUGUCGUUUACGCGCGUGA